AAGUAAGUGAAACGAGCACCACCAUUGGCGGCCCCGUUGUUCGCGGCGUGACGGCGCGCUGUGCGGUUCUUAUCGGUGCAAGACUUACUUUGCACUUAUUCUGUAUUUCAACCGCAGAAAUAUACAGCAUAGUCUGUGGUUCCACUCUCUCCGUACGCGUAUUAACUUACAUCCAACGCAAUACAGUAUUUAUUGAGAAUAUCGUGAUUCCAUUUCUAAUGUUGAAAUUGUAAAGUGUUUAAAGUUUAGUGAGUGAAUGUCGUUUCAACAUGUCCAUAAGUUAACAAUACGAGUUCAAUCAAGAUCAGAGAAGGAACGGAAAAUAAAAGAAACGGAGUGAAUCGUAAAAGCUUGUUUACAUUUAAUUUUAGUGGAUCAGGUCUGAGAACGACGAUUUUAUUUCUUAAUUUUAAGUACAAAAUGUUGAAACAUUUAAUGACUUAACUAAGGUGCUAGAAAAAAACUAAAAAUGAAGCAACUCGUGAAUAAGAAUCUCAUUACACUGAAAUGUGUGCUCUUCUGUUUCCUUUCAGGUAUUGGGUCGAUAUACCCAUUCCUACCACUGCACAUUCUCUCAGUGGGCUUGGACCGAGGAGAAGCUCGACUGAUAUCAGCAGUUGCGCCCUGCAUCGCAUUAUUGGGUCCUGCGAUACUCGGACCGCUAAUUGACAAAUUGUCAGUUGGCCGAGGGUCCACCGGAGGAGGAACUGGCCCCAGCGGCUCUGGGAAGCUGUUACGAGUAGUCACCGCCGUGUGUCUUAUAUUGAGUGCCUUAUUCUACACGCUGCUGUUAGCGGUGCCCUACACGGAACGACAUGAGGCUCGUCGUCCCCAAGUAUUGUUCAUGUGUGACGCGGAUGGCGCUUAUGUGAUGCAAGAAGUAUGCACAGAGGGCAUGCGAUGCAACCGAUGGGAGGGAGAGAAGUCGGGGGUGCUGGCCGUGAGCGCGUGUGAGUACGGCUGCGCGGACGACAACAUGACGUGGGUGACGCGACCCUUCACCACCACGUCCACCACCACCACGCUCAGCCCCAUGUACAACAGCGUCGCCAACGCCACCUCUCCAGCUCCGCUGGUGACGGACGAGGGUGAAGGCGAUGACGACUUCGAGUUCAAUCCGCCGCACCUGUGCUACAACGGCCAGUGUCUCGUGUACAUGCAGCACGCUGCCAGGAUGCGCGUGCCGCUAGCGCUGAUCGCGCCGGAACCGCCCCAGGAUAACUCGACCAUGGAAAACAAUUGGUGCACAUAUCGCACAGGCGGCCCGUCCAAGUGCCCGGUGCCGGCCGAGCGGCUGGCGGCGCUGGGCGCGGGCGCGGCGUGUCGCGCGGCCGUGCGCUGCCAGGUGCUCGACCCGUACGACGAGCCGGGCGGCGUGCUGGCCGACGCCGAGUGCCGCCUCGUCGUGGGCGACCCCGCCUACUCCUUCUGGACCUACUUCGUCAUCAGGAUAUUUGCGGAUAUUUGGCCAACAGCAGCAUUAGCACUGCUGGGUGCAGCAUGUGUUAUAGCCACCAGAGAGACCUCACUGGGACGAGGAGACGUUGGCAGGCAAAUGGCAUUCGGAACUUUAGGAUUGGCUAUCUUCCCGCCACUGGCUGGAUUUGCAGCAACGCAAAUGCCAGACACGCCAUACUUGGUACCAUUCUUGAUGCACGCUAUAUUCAUGGUGAUCGGAGCGAUCAUAUUGCUGGUGGACACACGCAUGCCGCUGUCGACGCCCGAGUGGUGGUGGCACACGGCGACGGGCGCGCUGGCGCUGCCGCUGAGCGCGGUGCGGCGCUACGGCGCGGAGACGGCGGCCGUGUUCGCGGUGGUGGCGCUGCUGGGCGCGCUGUGGAGCGCCAUCGACGCCUACCUGCCGUGGACCGUGGCGGCGCUCAACGGCACGGCGCUGGAGGCCGGCCUCACGCUCACGGCGGGCGCGCUGCCGGCCGUGCCCGCGCUGUGGUGGGCCGAGGCGCUCGUCGACUACGUGGGCCACUCCAACGUCUUCAUCACCGCCUUCACCUUCUACUGUCUGCGCUACACGGGUCUCGCUUACAGUGAGUCAUAUUCUUGGGUCGUGGUUUGCGAACUAUUAGAAGUUUUCACAUUAAGUCUCGUGUGGGUGACGGCCAUGCUGUACUUCCGACACCUCGUACCCAAGAAGUAUACGACGACUGGACAAGCGCUGCCUGUGAUUGCACACUUCUGUAUCGGUCGCUGCAUCGGCGCCAUAGUGAGCGGGCUGGUGUCGCUGGAGCAGCCGCUGGAGUCCCUGCGCAGCGUGUACCGCGCGCUGGGCGUGACGGCGCUGCUGGCGGCCGCGGUGUACCUCGCGCUCUACCACCUGCUGCUGGCGCCGCGCUGCGCCGCGCCCGCCGUCGCGCCGCCGCACCACCUGCUGCAAGGUCUGAAUGCAAAUGGCGGUUCCAACGGCAACUAUUCACCGAUGCGAGUCUAUCACGAGGAACGCUCGCGGAAGGGACAUUUCCGUUAUUGAGUCAUUUUAAAUUAUACUGUUGUUUUUUUUGUAUUUUAAUACUUCAUCUAUGUAAGUUUUCCGACAAGUGCAUAAUUGUGAUAUAACUACUUCUUUACUAAUGAGCCUGAUUCAAUCAGUUUAAUAUUUAAGCUUAAAUAUUUUAACG